AUGACCAGCGGCAUGGGAGGCUCGGUCGAUCCUGAGACUCUCUACACGAAGCAGAAUUGCAUUGGCGGUGGGAGCUUUGGCAAAGUCUACAAAGGUGUAGACAGACGCACCGGCCAGUCCGUCGCUAUCAAGGUCAUCGAUGUCGAAAAUGCCGAAGAUGAGGUCGAGGAUAUCAUACAGGAGAUCUCGAUUCUGUCGGAGCUCCACUCACCCUACGUCACACAGUACCACGGCUCAUAUCUCAGGGGUUCGGAUUUAUGGAUCAUAAUGGAGUUCUGUUCGGGCGGGAGUUGUGCGGACUUAAUGAAGCCGGGCGCGAUACAGGAGGAGUACAUAUCGAUUAUCAUACGGGAGCUGCUGAUGGGGCUGGACUAUCUGCAUGGAGAUAAGAAGCUGCAUAGAGAUAUCAAGGCGGCCAACGUCCUUCUGGGUUCGAACGGACAGGUAAAGCUGGCAGAUUUCGGCGUUUCGGGGCAGCUCUCGGCCACUAUGACGAAGAAGAAUACGUUUGUUGGCACGCCAUUCUGGAUGGCUCCGGAAGUUAUCAAGCAAUCUGGGUACGAUCAUAAGGCGGAUAUUUGGUCUCUGGGGAUUACUGCGUUGGAGUUAGCGAACGGGGAACCGCCAUAUUCCGAUAUUCAUCCUAUGAAGGUUCUGUUCUUGAUCCCAAAGAACCCUCCGCCAAAGCUUGAGGGCAACUUCACGAAGGCGUUCAAGGAGUUUGUUGAGCUGUGUUUACAGCGAGACCCGAGGGAUCGGCCCUCGGCAAGAGACUUAUUGAAGCACCCAUUUGUACGCCGAGCGAAGAAGACUUCCUACCUUACGGAACUCAUUGAACGUCAUGAGCGAUGGGCAAUGAAUCACAAGAGCGACGCGGAAGACUCUGACGAGGAGUGGGACCAACCUCAACAAAUGAGCCAGGAGAGUGAAGACUUGUGGGAUUUCGGUACUGUCCGGCCUGCUGGCGGGAAAGGGGGCAGUCGAUUUGGUCUCGGCGCUAUGGGAGAGUCUGCUACAAAUGCUAGGUCUUCAAGGUCCUCGGAAUCGGUCGAUGACUACGCAGAGAGACCACGCGAACGAUCACCAACAAAAAUGAAGGACUCUGGGUAUAUUUCCAGCGUGGAUACGGUGAAGGCACAGGUCCAAGGUGGGAGGCAAGUUUCGCCACAGCGACGCCCCGUACCACCGAUGCCGCAGCAAUCACCGUCCAAAGUCCCAUUACCUCCGUCCCCAAUAAAACCGUCACCGCAGUUUCCACAAACGCCGCGGACAGCAUCCGUAGCACCAUCAGAGGCGACCGAUUCACCGGAUUACGACGAGUCAUUGCGCGAGCAGCUGCGCAAGGAUAUGGUUUUCCUAAACCUAGGCGCAACAUCGUCCCCGCAGCCACCAACUCCACCACCGCGCAAUAUCGUGCUGCAGCCACCGCAACCACCACAGCUACACCUCAACGCACAACACCAACCCUCCCCCCCACCACGACCAACCGGCCAACAGCCACUCCCCCGCCUAACCCCGAUGAAGCUCCCCGAAAUCCCCCCUUUCCGCGGCGGCGGCGCAAAGCCACUCCACAACUUCACGAACCAACCACAACCCGGCCCCGCAACCUCUAAACCGCAACCCCUAUCCCCCACCGCCUACAACCCUCCUCAACUCCAAAACAUCCCCCCGCCGCGACAGCAGCAACAGCCUGAGCUCAUCCAGCGCGCCCUCGCCCUCCCCUCCAAACUCCUCAACAAGCAAUCCGUCGACAGCCUCCGGUGCGACACCCCCCCAACCUUCCCCUCCCCCGCUCCCGAAUCCUCAGACGGCGAGCUCGACGCGCUGAACCACGUCAUCUUCCCGGCGCUGGAAGAGGCGCUCAAGCGGCGCGAGGUGCAUCUGCAGCGGUGGCUGCAUCGGAGCGCCGCGGGGAGUCCGAUCGCGACGCCGAAGACGCAGAGGGUGCAGGCGGGGCAUGAGAGGAUUAGGAGGUUGGUGUUUAAGAUUGCGAAUCAGUUUAAGGAGAUUGAUCGGAUUGAUCGGGAGGAGAGGGUGGGGAUGGGGAAGGAGGUGGAUGUUUUUUUGGAGGGGUUGUUAGAGGAGGUUUUGGUGAGGGUGGAGCCGUUGGAGGAGGAGGAGGUGUUGUGA